AUGAAUAAGUUUUAUAUUCAAAUUUCUUUUUUUCUUUUAACCAUCUUCGUAUAUGUGAAUAACAAAACCCUUGCAACUGAGAUAGCUCCAAAAACAAAAAUCGAACAAAAAACAAAAAUCCCGUCAAUACCAAAAAUCGUAUCAAUAAUCGUAUCAAUAACCUUAUCAAAAACCGAAUCAAAUACCGAAUCAAAUACCGAAUCAAAAAUCGAAUCAAAUACCGAAUCAAAAACCGAAUCAAAAGCCGUACCACAAACCGUACCAAAUACCGAAUCAAAAACCGUAUCAAAAACCGUAUCAAAAACCGAAUCAAAAACCGCGCCAAAAACCGAAUCAAAUACCGAAUCAAAAAAAAAAACCAAACCCUCAAAACAUUAUCCUACCGCAGAAGAAAUAUAUGAAAACAACAAACAUCUAUUAUGUACCGAUCCAGAAGAAACUAAAAAUGCGGUCGAAUAUAUGAAAGAAGCUGUAAGAGAUUUUAAAUAUCAUGCUUUAGAUUUUGAACAUUUUAAAUAUCGUCCAGUAAAAGAUGAUGCUCAUGUGAUUUUAUAUGAAAAGAGGCAUGAAGAUCAUACAGAUUUUCAAAAAAUUCAAUCUAUAUAUGAUAAUCCCAAUGAGUUUAAUAAAGUAAUAAAUAAGUUAUGGGAUCCUGAUAGGGCCAAAUAUCCCAAUACUAACUCUGUUAAAAGGAAAAUUGUCCGUGUAUACAAUCCAAAUUUAGUAUUGAUACAACAACGUUACAAAAAUUCGACUUUUGGCCAUUGGAAAUAUUUUUAUGCUUUAGCUGCAAAGGUUGAAAUAUCAGAAGACAUAACUAUAAUUGUCAUGUCUUCACCAAAUAUAAAUGACCACCACCCUUCUAAAAAUGAAUUUAAAAACACGGUAAUAGAAAGUGCAAAUUCAUUCAAAAUUGAAGUUGAUUCUGAAGAAGAUAUUAGACAAGGAAAAAUAAAAAAAACAUUUGUUAACAUAGCUGGAUAUUACCUUCAUACAUAUAAUAGUAUUAUUGAUUGCAUAUUUGUCUCAUCUGUUGAUGGGCAUUCUGCAAUUAGCAAAUCUGCCUAA